UUUGGCCGAGCACGGGGCAUAGCUUGCAGGAGCUGGUUUCAUUAACUUUCAUUAACUGGGGCAUUCCCCCAGCUAAGCUGCAGGGUCGCAGCUCGGGGUUUCCUCUGGGUGAUGCCUGUCCUCGCUUGUGGCAGUCGUGAGCGGCUGCUGGAGGGAGCUGACAGCAAUGGCAUUUCUCACAAAUGCAGCCGACAGCAGCCGACUCUAAAGUGAAGGAGGGAGCAGCGUUUUCAACUGGCAAGCUGGCUGCGGGGAGUUUUCAUCAGGUCAUAACGUCAGCCGGCAAGAAGUCUCUCAAGAUUGAGUCUUUUUGAGUAAAGAAAAGAUAAAAUGGCAUCAAUGUUGCUUAGUCGACAGCUGACCUGUUGCCUGCAGCAAAACUCCAGAUUGCUUGUAUUUGGACAUAGAUAUAUCAGUCAAGCUGCAGCUAAAAUUGAUGUGGAUUUUGAUUAUGAUGGACCUCUAAUGAAGACAGAAGUUCCUGGACCACGAUCUAGAGAAUUAAUGAAGCAGCUGAAUGGCAUUCAGAAUGCAGAAGCUGUACACUUUUUUUGCAAUUAUGAAGAGAGCCGAGGGAACUACUUAGUAGAUGUAGAUGGCAAUCGCAUGCUGGAUCUCUACUCUCAGAUUUCAUCCAUCCCAAUAGGUUACAGCCAUCCCUCUCUGAUAAAGCUUCUACAGCAGCCACAGAACUUAAGCACUUUUAUCAACAGACCUGCCCUAGGCAUUUUACCUCCAGAGAACUUUGCAGAAAGACUGAAGGAAUCUUUGUUAUCAGUGGCUCCUAAGGGCCUGCCACAGGUGAUCACCAUGUCUUGCGGAUCCUGCUCUAAUGAAAAUGCCUUUAAAGCAAUAUUUAUGUGGUACAGAAACAAGGAGAGGGGCCAUAAUAGUGUCACAAAAGAAGAACUGGAAUCUUGUAUGAUUAACCAGCCCCCCGGCUGCCCCGACUACGCCAUGCUCUCCUUCAUGGGCGGCUUCCACGGAAGGACCCUGGGUUGCUUAGCUACAACUCACUCUAAAGCAAUUCACAAAUUGGACAUUCCAUCGCUGGACUGGCCUAUUGCUCCAUUUCCAAGGCUAAAGUAUCCUCUGGAAGACUUUGUGAAAGAGAAUCAACAGGAAGAAGCCCGUUGUUUAGAGGAGGUGGAAGACCUGAUUGUAAAGUACAGGAAAAAGAAGAAGAUUGUGGCUGGAAUCAUUAUAGAACCAAUACAGUCAGAAGGUGGGGACAAUCAUGCUUCAGAUGACUUCUUCAGAAAGCUACGAGAUAUUGCCAGAAAGCAUGGCUGUGCGUUCUUGGUGGAUGAGGUGCAGACGGGAGGCGGCUGCACAGGAAAAUUCUGGGCACAUGAGCACUGGGGCCUGGAUGACCCAGCUGAUGUGGUAACAUUCAGUAAGAAGAUGAUGACAGGAGGAUUCUUCCACAAAGAGGAGUUCAGGCCAAACGCUCCCUAUCGGAUUUUUAAUACCUGGCUUGGAGAUCCAUCCAAGAACCUUAUGCUUGCUGAAGUCAUUAAGGUUAUUAAAAGAGAAGACCUUCUAAACAAUGCAACCCACGCUGGGAAAGCACUACUGACUGGGCUGCUGGAUUUACAGGCUCGUUACCCCCAUCUUAUCAGCAGAGUGAGAGGAAGAGGAACAUUCUGUUCGUUUGACACUCCAAAUGAUGCAACUAGAAACAAGUUAAUUACAAUAGCCAGAAACAAAGGUGUUGUGCUGGGAGGCUGUGGCGACAGAUCAAUUCGUUUUCGUCCAACGCUGAUCUUCAAGGAUCAUCAUGCGCACCUCUUUCUGAACAUUUUCAGUGACAUCUUAGCAAACUUCAAGUAAAAAGCAGUUCCCUCGCACUGAACCGCUGAUUAUGAAAUUAGUUUGCAUUAAUUCAUGUCUUCUCUACUUACAAGAUAAGUGUAAAGUCAUAAACUAAGGUUUGUGUUCUGUCUGUAAUCCUGCCCAAGGCAAGCUGCUCCAUGCAAUCUCAAUCCAGGCGGAGCGUUGGUACUGGUCACCAGCAGGUACAUGCAACUGUCCCACACUGUGCAUUUGUAGAAGCUGUGGCCCUCCAUCUUGUGGCUUGGGUCAUACUAAUUGCCGUCCUCUCUACAUUCACGGCCCUAUCUGAUUGUCUAAAUACGACCUGGUAUAGUCUGUUUUCACGGGUAAUCCCAGUAGAUUUACUCUUGUGUCCAGAAGCAGCAACAAGUAUGGCGUAACACUUAAAAGCCACAUGCCUGUCAUACAGAAAGUGCCAUUCUCUGAAGGUAGCUGGAAUAAAAUUGGUGUUUCAAGGAAAGCUCUGCUUUCCACCACUGCCAAGUACAGUAUUUUACAGAGUAAUUUCCAGCUUUAUUCCCCUGAAUACAGACAUCUGCCACACCAACUGGAUCGGGAUGCCAUCAGCUACUCUGUGCCCAGCCUUCAGCCUACACAUACUGCUUCAGAGGCACUAAUGCACUCAGCCACAUGUGCAGCGCUGUAAGUGGAACUGAAGUACUUGUACUUUUUUCCUCAUCCUGGAUUUUAAAACUUUUGACUUCUCUUACAAUCAAUCAGACUUGUACAGAGAAAACUAUACCCUGAAGUAUGUAAUUUGACAAAGCUUACAGAAUCAUGUGAAGCACAUUAUGGCCACCUCUGUCAGCAAUCUAGAAUGAUUUGAGAUUAUCUUACUGUUUGCCCAUAACACACAAUAGCCAUUAAUUUAUCUAUUACAAGUUCUACAUGAAUACUUGAGGUAUUUUGUAAAACUACCGCAGAACUGCUUCAUCUUAGCCAUUCCCUGACAUCAGAGCCACUACAGUGAAGGCCUAGUCCUAAUUGCACAUUUAUAAUGCAAAGUAAUUCUAUUUUUGUUCUAAUAGUUUAUUCUAAGUCAUUGAUACUUCAGAGGUCUUCUAGAAAGCCACAGGGAUCAAAAAGUGUCAACAGUUCAUUAAUUUGUUUCUCUUCAAAGAAUUGGUUUGGAAGUCUCUUUACUAUGUACUCUUUGCUUAAGGCUGACUUGAACUAGGUCUGGUGCCUUUUUUUUUUUUUUUUUCUUCUUGGCUAGCAAGCAUCUGGAUUUUGCUAAGUUUAACAUCACGUUGUGCACCAAAAAACAAGGACCACAGUGGACUUUACAGUUGCCCUAUUAAGAUCUGACCACAAUUUUUAAGUACAUAACAAGAGACAGAGGAGUUAAAAGAUUUACUUGUUUAAUACAGCUACCAAAAUAUGAAAGGUUUCUUACCUGCUUUGAGAAGUGUUGAUCAUGGUUUUCCCAUUUUAUUUUUUGAGUGCUGGUAUUGGGAAACUCAAGUACACUCUCUUCUGCUAGCUUGAAAAUAAUGGGAUUUCUGUAGGCCUCUCUGCAGAAACCAGAAUUCUGGUACCAGCUGGUCAGAACCUGAGCAGGUUUUUGAACAGAGGUUGUAGAAAUCUGGGGGAAGGGCUGGUAAAUUGGUGGUAAACAAAACCUCAUUGUCAUCACUGUCCUUGUAAGCAUAUUAUCAGCAAGAAGAAAGUCAAACCGAGCACUGUAUUUGACAGCAUUUUGGGAAUUAGUUUGUUCAACAUAUCAGUGCAGUAGUUUUAGUAAAUGUCUCUAGCAAGUCUUGUACUUUUACAGAAGCAAAGGUCCAGUAAUUUGAAGUCUUACCACAUCUUCACUUUUAUUAUGAAUACUCUAGGUGUUUUUAUAAUUUUUACUGACACUCAGUAACUGUAUAAUUGUGUACAACAUGUUGAUGAAAUCAUGUUAGAGAAUACAUAGAAAGCACUGCAGCUGAAGCAUAUAAAGUUAAUAUUGUUUACAGCAUACUGUGGACAGUGCCAAAUAAAUGUUUAAACAAAUACUUAACUACACUUCAUGGUGUAACUAGUAACUGCACACAGAUUCAUAACAAAUGACAUCUCAUGUGUAAUCAAUAUUCUUAAAUAAAAUAUUUAUAAUUGAA